AGACGUUGACAUGCUUGCAUUCAAAACGCACAGAAAGAAGAAGCACUCAUAGGGGUAGGACGAUAAGAAACUCUGAAAACAGUUUGGACCAGAAUAUGGCUGAGGUGAUUCACUCCACGCACAACAUGAUGACCAAGGCCAGGAACACACAAGGAGAUGGAGAGGAGGGUAUAGAGGACGACUACGAUAGCAUUGAGAGCCUCAGAGAUCAACACCAGGACUAUGUGGGGACAGAGGAGUCCUCCAAUACUCUGGGAACAGUAAGAAGUCGGCAGCCGGACCCUGUGAGCCCUCCUCGGUGUCAGAUCAGGGCUGUGGUGGUGCUUCUGGUCCUGCUGUCUCUUACCCUGCUGGCUGGACUGCUUCGGUUCGCAGUGCAACACAAGACCAUAAGCAUGGGCAGAGACGUGGAGCAACUUGUCCAAAGGCUGAAGAAUGUGACAGAGCAGAGAGACUCACUGACCCUUUGUAACCAGGAAUGUCCAGGUAGUUGGGAUAAGUUUGGUUGCAAAUGUUAUUUCAUUGUGAUGGGAUCCUGGAAUAAGAGCAGGGAGCUCUGUGUUUCCCGUGGAGCAGAUCUGGUGGUGGUGGACAGUAAAGAGGAGAUGUACUACAUUGGCAGGUACGGCGGGGACCCCUGGCUCGGAGCGACAGAUGAGGCCAGUGAAGGGAUGUGGAGAUGGGUUGAUGGGACCGUCCUGUCAGUGGAUAACCCCUCCUGGAGUGGAGGAAAACCUGAUGGUGGCAAGGACAAGAACUGCUUAAGGAGGGUCUGGGAGGAGAACAACUUAAAAUGGACAGAUAAGCGCUGUGAAGCCAACAACUGGGGGCUUUGUGAAUAUAAUUUAAUGAAAUGAUGGAUGAAAAAAAUUCUUUGUCUGACUGAUUUGUUUCUUUGACUAUUUUUUACAUCUUAAUGCCAACAGACAUUUGUUGUUGGGUUCUGCCAUUCAAUAAGAGCUUUGAUUGGCUGCGAGGUGUUAUCUCCUUAAAAGGAGAUGACAUGAAGACUUCACUGGUCACUGCAGGAGCUGUACAUAGAUACUGUUCUUGUUACAUUAUUUUUUCAAUGUUUCCACAGUUGCUUUUGGUGUUGGAGGCUGAGAUAAGGCGCUAAAGAGUCAUGACAGUCAUUGGCUGGUUUUCAGUUGCUGCAAACCACACUAGUUCUCUAUUUAGGGCUUAAUUUGCUGCCUUUGCCUUUGUCCCCUCAGCUAAUUAUAUGAUUAAUUUUCUGUUUAAAUGUAUGUCAACUUUGUCACCAUGUAGUGUGAUUACUAUAAAACACUUGUGUAUAAAUUAUCUGUUGGUUCUACGGUGUUCAGAGGAACAGUAGACUUGUGUCCUGGUGUCUGAAUCGGCUUGUAGGUCUGCACUUAGUUUUGCGUUACUGGAUGAACACUUUUGAAGGUACAUAUAUAUGCAUUCUCACACAUAGUCAUUUGUAAAUUGCAUUGAAUCUGUAAAUGGAGUGUCCAUUCAGCUGUGUUUGCUGUAGUGAAUUGUACCUUUUAUUAAAGCAGCUCUUGAUUAAUAUGUUUUGCU